CUACAGGUAUAAGGACUCGUGAGAGCAGUUCCAAAAAAGGAAGCCCUCCUAGGGUCACAGGCGUGCCAGAUAAGAGACAUCGCAGACUCCAUGAUGGGGAACUGGGCCGUCAACCAUUGGUUUUCAGCUCUUGUGAUUGCUGCUUGGCUGGGAGUAAACAUUUCCCUCUUUGUGGUUUACUUCUUGACAUUUGACAGAGGUGAAAAGUACUUCUACACCCGCCAGAUCAUUGGGUCCGCCCUUCCUUGGGCACGUGCUUCAGCCAAAUGCCUCAACUUCAACAGCAUGCUGAUCCUGCUGCCUGUUUGCCGGAACCUUCUCUCCUUUCUGAGGGGCAGCUGCUCGUGUUGCAGACGCACCAUGAGGAAACAACUAGAUCACAAUUUGACCUUCCACAAGCUGGUGGCCUACAUGAUUGCCCUGCACACAGCGGUUCACAUCAUUGCUCACCUGCUCAACUUUGAGUGGUACAACUGUGCCAAGCAAGCAACAGACGGAGACCUGGCUUCCACCCUCUCUCACUUACAUGAGGACGAUGGGUUGUGGCUAAACCCCAUCCAUUCAAACACUACGACACCCUUGUAUGUGGCAUUCACCACCAUUCCUGGUCUAACAGGUGUGAUCAUCACUUUGUCCUUCAUCCUUAUGGUCACUUCUUCUAUGGAGUUCAUCCGCAGAAACUACUUUGAGGUCUUCUGGUACACCCAUCAUCUCUUUGUUAUCUACUUUCUGGGCCUCAUCAUCCAUGGCAUUGCAGGUCUUGUUCGUGGGCAGACAGACAAAAGCUUGGAGGAGAGCAAUCCUAAGCUCUGUGCUGGGCAGUAUACAGAGUGGGCUCAAGGCAGCAGCACUCAUCUUUGCAAAGUGCCUGAGUUUGAGGGUCUUCCUGCUGAGUCCUGGAAGUGGGUGUUGGCCCCGAUAAUUCUCUAUGCCUUUGAGAGAGCCUUGAGGAUUUGGCGUUCCUGCCAGAAGGUGGUUGUUGUAAAGGCCAUCAUGCACCCUUCAAAUGUCCUUGAGCUGCAGUUGUACAAGAAAGGAUUCAGCAUGGAAGUAGGGCAGUAUGUUUUCCUCAACUGCCCUUCCAUCUACUAUUUGGAGUGGCAUCCAUUCACCCUCACAUCUGCUCCAGAGGAAAAGUUAUUCUCUGUCCACAUCAGGGCAGCAGGCGAUUGGACAGAGGCUCUGAUUGACAACUUUAAGCAGCCGAACCCAGUGAUGCCCAGGAUUGAAGUAGAUGGUCCCUUUGGCACUGCCAGCGAAGAUGUGUUCCAGUACGAGGUGGCCAUGUUGGUGGGAGCUGGGAUUGGAGUGACACCAUUUGCCUCUGUGCUGAAAUCCAUCUGGUACAAGUUCCAGCAUGGUGACCAGGGUCUCCAAACAAAAACGAUUUACUUCUACUGGAUCUGUCGAGAGACAGGGGCCUUUGCCUGGUUCAGGGAUCUGCUGGCCUCUCUGGAACAAGAGAUGGAUGAGUCUGGCAGAGCAGGCAUGCUCAGCUACCAUCUCUACCUCACAGGCUGGAACAGCAGUAUGGUUGGUCACGCAGCGGUCAACUUUGACAGGUCCACCGACAUGGUGACGGGCCUGCGGCAGAAAACUUUCUUUGGGAGGCCCAUGUGGAGCAAUGAAUUCUCAGCGGUGGCAGCUGCCCAUCCCAGGUCUGUAGUAGGUGUGUUUCUGUGUGGACCAGAGAGCCUGGCUAAGACUCUGCAAAAGUACUGCCAUCAACACUCCAGCCUAGAUCCCAGAAACGUCCAGUUUUACUUCAAUAAAGAGAAUUUUUAAGUCAAACACUGGAAUACUGCUCUUCCCCAGCACGUCUUGCAGCCAGAAACUGGCCGAACUUGUGGACCUGAAUGCUGCCAAAUGCUGUUUUUGUAGCUUAACCCAGACUCCCACCUCUGCAUGGCAUUGUUUUGGCAGGGCCACCCUUGGCCCAAUAUGCUUCUUUGGGAAAAAGCUGCAGACUGCAAACAUUUUCAAGUAGGAGAUGGGGGCGUUACUGGGUUGUUCUUGUUUUUAUUCUUACUAUGCAUUUUGUGUUUUUAUAUUAUCAUUUUAUGUUGUCAUUUUAUAUUGAGACCUGUGGGUAUAGGGCGGUAUAGAAAUUUAAUAAAUGAAUCAAUAAAAAAUUAAAUAAUUUUCUGAUUUAAUGGUCCAUCAAUAAACCAGCAAAGGAGUUGCCAGCUGAAAAACCAAGUUGUUAACAAAGAGACUCUGAAAUGCACUGCAUUCUCUAUGUUUGAUCCUUCCUUAAUCUGCACAGGACAUGAAUCUCUAGUUUGAAAUCCUAUGGCUGAAAAAUGUAUUCUGUGGUUAAAUAUUCAGAACUGUAAUGCUCUCUCUUAAUGCAGUUAAGGAGCUGAUAUCUCCCACUCCCCUUUAAUGUGUAGGGCCAAAAAUAAAUUCAGACACAAAAUAUGCAUUUGCACACUGUAUUAAAGCAAUCAGCCUGCCAGGGAGAUCUUCAUCCCCUGAAAGGAUUCCUCCAGUGAGAAAAUUGCAAGGGCAAACUUUAUAAAAAGCACAGAGAGGGAAUCUG